UUUUAUUUCUUAUCUUCUUGUCUUUCUUUCCUUUUUUUCUUCAUCUCUUUUACUUUCAACUUCUUUACAUGUCUCAUAGUACAACGGCUGACAUUGAUCCGUCUUCUCAUCUGUCACUCUUUCCCACAUUGCCUGCCGUUAUUCCUCCAACCACUCGACUUAAUUUUUUAAAGAACUGGUGGCAACGAUCUGCUACUUCGGCUGGUCAUGCUGAAGCAAGAUUAUUACAACGUAUGGUACCACGUCUUCCAUCUUUACCGGCUUAUCAACCACUGAAAGGUCGUUCUGUUCAAGUGCCUGUUGGUGAUGCUGGUUAUGUAAACACAUUCAUUUUGACUCCACUCUUGAACAGUACUUCCAUUACAAGUCCUUUGGUUUGGGAUUACAAUACUACUUGGGACCAUACUGAUAAGAACAAUGUAGCUGCUCAUGGCAAGAAUACUCAAAAUCUCGUGAUAUGUCAUGGAUAUGGUGCUGGCCUCGGUUUCUUCUACAAAAACUUUUUUGCAUUAGGACAAGUCCCAGGAUGGAAUCUUUAUGCUAUUGAUUGGCUUGGCAUGGGACGAAGUUCAAGACCAAAAUGGACAAUCACUAAGAAAUCAAAACAGACAUGGGAUGAUAUCGUGGAAGAGGUGGAAACACAUUUUGUACAAUCAUUAGAAGAAUGGCGAAAAUCUGUUGGUCUUGAAAAGAUGACUUUGAUGGGUCAUUCUUUAGGUGGAUACUUUGCUACUUGUUAUUCUUUGAAAUAUCCUGAACGUGUUGAAAAACUAAUAUUAGUAUCACCAGCUGGUGUAUCUGAACCUCCAAAAGACCUGAUAUCUCAAGAACCUCCGGAUAAAACCCCUCAAGAACUUUUAGAAAAUGAAGCCGAAGAAUUAGGUGCAAGUAUGCAAGCUGAAGCUGCUGAAUCUGCUGGUCAACAACCUCCAACAACAACUCGACCUACACGCCGUAUUCCUUCUUGGGCUCGAUAUCUAUGGGAUCAUAAUAUCACUCCAAUGAGUAUUGUUAGAAUGAUAGGUCCUUUCGGUGCAAGUUUGGUCAAUACUUACACUUCAAGACGCUUUGCCCAUUUGACAACAGAGGAGCAACAUGAUUUGUAUGACUAUAUAUAUCAAAUUACAUCAAGUACUGGAUCAGGCGAGUAUGCUCUUGCAGCUAUAUUGUCUCCUGGUGCCUAUGCACGAAAACCACUGUUCCACCGUUUAGCUAAACUCAAAGUGCCUGCAGUAUUUAUAUAUGGAACUCAAGACUGGAUGGACUACCAGGCGGCUGAAGAAGCAAGCAAGAAGAUGCAAGUUAGUACCAAAGUUAUCAGAACACCAGGCGGUCACCAUAUGUAUAUCGAUGAUCCAGAAGCAUUUAAUAGGGUGAUGGUGGAAGAAAUGAAAAGCUAAACCGAUGAUGAUCCAUAGAGCCUUUUAGAUAUUAGAUUGAAUCCCUCGCCUUAAUUAUAUAUAUAUAUAUAUAUAUAU